UAAAAACAUAAACAUUUUCUAGUCCAAUCACCACAAAGUACCAAAGGGAAAGAGUUGAAGGGCAAUGGAGUCAUUAGUGGAUUUGGAGAGAAUCCAAACCCGAAUCCUCCAACGAAUAACAAACCUCGAGCGCUCUCUUCUUCCCACGGACGAUUCUCCUCUCUCCACCGCCGCCGCCGGUACAGCCGUAACCACCACCGAGGACCGCCUAUCCUCCAUUCUCCUCGGGAAUGGCGUCAGAGAUUUCAGCUUCAAGCGCGUUGCCUCUGAUUACUAUGAUUGGCCUCUCGAAGCUCGUCGUGAUGUUCUCGGUGCUGCAUCUGUUCAUCAUCUCUGCAAAAGCAUUGUUCUGGUAAAUACUCAAGCCCCAUCUAAUAUUACUGAUUGUAGUGAUCGUAACAAUUCAAAGUACUACGUUGUUGUUGUACAGUAUACUGCCCGAUUCAAUGCUGAGACUGUGAAGAAUUUCCUAUACACUCUCAACGAUGGCAAGAUAGCCAAAAAGAAAUUCAACAUGAGACUUGCUCCCGAGGAGACAUCAAUGAAACUGACUGGUUAUGAACACAAUGGAGUUGCGUGUGUUGGCAUGAAAACUGAUAUACCGGUGAUUUUGGAUGAAGCAAUUACAAAGCUCAACUCUGACUUCUUCUGGUUGGGAGGCGGGGAGAUUGAUCUCAAACUGGGGAUGAGGACUUCAGAAUUCAUCAAGUCUGUUAAACCUUUUAUCGUCAACUGCAGCGGUGCUUAAACUGACCCCAUUCCCAGAAAAGCCAGUGCCAGUGGGAAAUUCCUUAAAACCAGCAAAAAUUGCUGGUUUUAAAUUUGAUUUCUUUUAAGGUUUAUCACAUGAUUGUACUUGGUUGAUAGGUUUCAUCGGAUUUGAGUUUUGAAUUAACCUCUUUAAACAUGUAAUGCUGUGGAUAUUUUACCAUUUCCUUGUUGGUCUGUGAAGUUUUAUCUUUAUCGAGAUUUUUUACACAAAUGGUUGUUCGGAUUCACUGCUUACUUUUCCUAGCCGAUAUAUGUAAGACUACAUACAUUACGCCUCCCAACUACUUUUAUUUCUGUUUAAGUUAAUUAUUCUUUUA